AUAUACUGUAGCAUGCCAACUGCAAAGGAGAUCUUUGACAAGUUAGAAGGCGCGGUCAUAUUCUCGAAUUUAGAUAUGCGACAGGGAUUCAACCAGAUAGCGAUAAAAGAAGGAGACGAAGGCAAGAUGGCCUUCCACGGAGCUGACGGCCUGUAUGAAUGGAACGUGAUGCCGUUUGGGCUGAGGAACGCAUCAGCCGUGUUCCAGAGAGUCAUGGAUCAAGUGCUGAAGACAGUGCCAGCAGCAGCGUGCUACAUAGAUGACAUAGUGAUUUUCAGCAGAAGCGAAGAAGAGCAUGCUGCACACCUGAUGGCAACACUAGAUGCUAUAGCGGCCGCAGAGCUGACCUGCCAUCCAGAGAAAUGCAAAAUAGCUAGAAAGACGGUGGCCUACCUGGGAUUUGAGGUGCAAGGCGGGAAGAUGGAGAUCCAAGAGGCCAAGGGGGCGGUGCUGGACAAGCUGGGGGCACCAAAAGACAAGGGAGCCCUGAGAGCACUCCUGGGGUUCUUGAACUACUACCGGCGCUUUAUCCCGAACUUCAGCAAGAGAACAUAUAGGCUGAAUCAGCUGCUGAGGGAGGGGCAGGCAUGGAAGUGGGGACCAGAAGAGGAGCAGGCAAGAAGAGACCUGUUAGAGGCCAUCAAGGUAGGGACGGUGCUGCAGCUACCAAAGAAAGACGCGCCGUUCACAAUCUACACGGACUGGAGCAGCAUGGGCAUGGUAGCAGUACUGUGUCAAGAGCUAGGAGGAGAAGAGCGAGUGGUGGCGUACGCCAGUCAAAGCUGUACAGCAACGGAAGCUAACUACAGCUCAUAUGAGGGUGAAGGAUUGGCAGCAGUGUGGGGAGUAACCCACUUCAGGGCCUACUUGCAAGGGUGCAAAUUCACGCUAGUAACAGACCACCAGCCACUCCUAUGGCUGAUGACUAAUCAGACGCUGACGGGGCGGAAUGCACGAUGGGCAAUGAGAUUGCAGGAAUACGAUUUUGUCAUCAAGCAUCGCGCGGGCAAGACACUGCAACAUGUUGACGGUCUGUCCAGGAACCCUCCACCCGAAGAGGAACAGCAGCCGGAAGAGAGAGAGCGCAUCGUACAACAAGUGUAUGAGAAGCUGGGGCAUUACGGGGGAGCCAGGACCAGGCAGCUAUUACAAACCACUUACUGGUGGGCAGGGAUGAGGAGAGACGUAUCGAAGUGGGUGCAGGGGUGUGAGGCAUGUCAGCGGAACAAGGCAGCGCUGGAGAAGGGAAGGGAAGAACUGCGGUCUCUACCCAUACAGGGCUUGGGAUUCAGGUGGUCCUUGGACCUGGCCGGUGAACUACCAUUAUCCAGACGAGGGAAGAUGUACAUAGUGGUGAUGAUAGAGCACACGACCAAGUGGGUGGAGGCAAGAGCCAUCGCCAGCAAGAACAGCGGGCUGAUAAGGGAGGCAUUUCUGGAUCAAAUACUCACCACGUAUGGUGCCUGCGGGGAAGUGCUGACAGAUCAAGGCACGGAGUUCCAAGGCAGCUUUGCUGAAAUCUUGAAAGAAGCAGGCAUCACUCACAGAGUUACGUCGCGGUACCACCCUCAGUCUGACGGGUUAACCGAGCGGAUGAUACAGACGAUCAAAAAUGGACGGCGGUGUACGAAGAACGGAGGAAGAGAGAGUGGGACAUAGAGCUGCCAUGGGUACUGGCGGG